CAGCUGGCGUUUCCUUCCCCUUCCUCGUCUCUCUACGCUGCUGCUUCUGCUGCUCACUAGCCUAGCCUAGCAUUGCGUUAUCAGGCAGUUGUCGUUUGCGGUGCAACGUUUAGUAGUACUCUACCCCCCCUCCUCCCCCCGAGGAGAGCCAGCACUGGCAUACGAUACCGACACUCCCCGACAGCUGUGGCCCAUCGUCCUCUCCGUCAGCGGGACAGAAGAGACCCCCUCAGCCCUGGGACAUGGCUAGACAGGAACAAGUGCUAGUGCUAGAGCCACAACACGAACUGAGGUUCAGAGGCCCAUUCACAGAUGUUGUCACUGCCACUCUGAAGUUGGGCAACCCUACAGACAGAAAUGUGUGUUUCAAAGUCAAGACAACCGCGCCACGCCGGUAUUGCGUGCGUCCCAACAGCGGUGUCAUCGAUGCCGGAGACUCUGUCAACGUGUCUGUGAUGCUACAGCCCUUCGACUAUGACCCCAAUGAGAAAAGCAAGCACAAAUUCAUGGUGCAGUCCAUGCUGGCCCCAUACGAUAUGACAGACAUGGAGGGAGUGUGGAAAGAGGCGAAACCCGAAGAGCUGAUGGACUCCAAGCUGAGGUGUGCGUUUGACAUGCCUCUGGAAAACGAUAAAACUCAUGAGAGUGAAAGCCUCCCACAGUCGGUGUCCUCUCCCGCCCCCGUUAAGACGGAGCUCGGGGCGCCGCUGCCCAAGUCGGCCACCAGCGCGGCGUUGGACGACGGCGAGGUCAAGAAGAUCAUGGAGGAGUGCAAGAGGCUGCAGAUGGAGGUCCAGCGGCUACGGGAAGAGAACAAACAGAUCCGGGAGGACGACAUGUUGCGGAAGAGGAAGGUGACGUCAGUGCCGGCGCCCCACUCCUCCUCCUCCUCCUCCAUGGCCACAUCCGGCAUGAUGGAGGAGGGCCUCAGCACACGCCUGCUGGCCUUCUGCGUCCUCUUCUUCGUCAUCGGAGUCAUCCUCGGCAAGCUGGCUCUGUGAAGGCCGGGGACGGACGCUAAGCCGAUUGGGUGACGACGCCCGUGGAGAUGUCUCUCUGUCCUCCUUCCCUUUGUUCCUAUUCUUGUCUUGUUCUUUCUGGUGUGUUCUUUGCAGUAUUUGAUGCAAUAUCACAAGAGGGUUUGAGUAGGAAGGGAAAGAUAUUUAAUGUAUGACAAGAAAAACGAAGGCGUGUUUUAUCAUAAGCAAACACAUUAUUUAGGCACAGGUAUUUACUAUUUUUUUUUUUUGAUCACCAUCUUUUGAUUGUCUCUCUCCGUCCAUUCUACCUAUCGAUCCUUUCUUCUAUAACUUGCACAGAAAACCUUUUUAUGUAGUGUAAGGAGUGGGCUGUGUCCCGUCCCCAACCCCUGUCUUAAUAUAUCAAUGAGUUUACUGGUUCCUCACUUUACCUACCCAGAAUGCAUCAGAGGACGAGAGCCUCGCCAUGUAAUGUUAUCUUCCGUUUGAUUCUGACAAUACAUGAACUUGAAGUAAAAGUAAAAUCUUUCAAUGCAAGACUUUAUUUACCCCAAAUAAACUACAUAUUGUCGCCUAAACAGCAUCUCGAUUAAAAAUGUGUGCGAGUAGAAGACAUUUGUUUGUUUUGGUUUAUUUUACUCUAGCUAUAGAUGCGAGUGCUGUGUGGAGGAGUUUUAUGAGUUUUAGUGUUUUGUGUAGGUAGGAAGAGCACAAAGGCUAAUGUGUUAAUGACCAUGCUAAAGGUGGCUACAAUGACCAUGGCUUUGUUAAGAGAAUGUUCAGCCAAUCAGAUUCCCGCUACGACACACCAAAAGGCAUGUGUAGUCAAUUCUAAUUGCACCCAAACUAAUAAAAAUAAAUAAAAGUAUUUAAAGUAUAUCUGCCCCAGCUGUUGCGAUUUAAUUGAACUUUUUGUUCUUCCAGGCUCUUGAAGACAUGGGCAUAUCUUCUCGUGUUGCACAGGGAACUAGCGGUUCAUGAAAAUAUAUCCUGUAUACGUUUGCGUUUUUUGUGGCAUCGGUAUAGCCCACUUAAAAGUGUGUGCGUGUGUGUGUGUGUGAUCUUAGACUGUUGAUAGCUGCUUCCUCAGGUCGAAACGGAAAGAAAACGCAGUCUGAACAUAAGGAGCCUGCUCGUCUGAAAAUUUGUUAUGCAAAGCCUAAUUGGACAUUCACAGUACACCACUUUACACUGUACAACAGCUUUGGUGUCUCAUUCAAUUCUGCCCAUUGAUGGUUAUAGUGUGUAUAUAUAUGUAUAAAUAUGUAUAUCUAUACAUAUAUUUGUAUUGUUAUCUAAAUAUAUGUAUAGAUAUGUAUAUCUAAACAUAUGUAUUGUUUUUGAAAUCCAUAUAGCUGCAAUGCUCCAUUGUGCUCUAUUUGUUCCACUCUGCAAUCUGCAUGGAAUAAACUGCAUUUAUUAUUUUUCGGGGUGUUCUAAUAAUUAAAAGGGACCACCUUCAUUCUGGUUGGUAUGGUAUGUGAAAAUUAUGGUUUGUUUUAAUUUUUCAACAAAAUACAGUUCAACUGACCAGCAAUUCAAAUAGCAUUUUAAAAUAAUUUUGUUGUUUGUAUUUUCCUUGCCGAAGGAAGCUUGCAGAGUUGCUAAGACUGAAUACACACACUUUAAAAAUUGUAACACAGCUUAUACUUGCAGAUUAAGUUAUAACCGCCACACAUGUAACCACGGAAUAAUUGGAUACUGUUUUGUAUAUACAUCAAAUAAACCAAAUGAUGAAGA